AAUGGAAAUAGUAAGAUUCUAAAGAAAAUUUGCAUCGAGAAUAAAAAAUGUUGUGAAAGAUAUCGAUACAAACUCACUCACCUUUCUAUAUUUAACGAAUAUAUUGCGAGAGACAUUUGGUAUGCUCUGGAGCAAUUGUGCAAAUAUUCAAGCGUAGCAACAACCGACACAUUACUCAUAUUCGUCAUUCAUCAAGAGAAUCGGUUUGGUUUCAAUUCAUUUUUUGGCUUUUCAAAUGUUGCGUAAAAAAUGAAUUGAAAAAGUAUAUAGAAAUGGGGUGCAUUGUCAUCUCAUCGUCGUCGUCUCGAUGCUGCAGCAGAAAAUAUUUGCAAAAUCACAGCAGUCUUCAAUAAGUAUAGACAGAGAUAGGCUACCCGAACAUGAUCCGAGCGUUUGUUCAACAAAUUUUAAUAUGCAUUGUACUUAUUCAUUUUUACUCAUAUUGGUGGUUCGACGAAUAUGAGACGAGUUUAGCUGUCGUUAAUGAACUAAAAUUGAUUAUACCGAAAGAGCAUUUGUCAAAUGUUGUUAUUGACGAUCGGUUUUUGGUUCAAGAAUUGCUGGGCGACGGUUAUACCGGGUUUGUUCGAAGUGGCAUUGACCUAAAAACUGGAGAAGAAGUUGCUAUCAAGUUUGCAGAGGAAGAUCGAUAUUUUUCGCUGGAAAAAGAAUAUGUCAAUUAUUUAUAUUUGGGUGCUGAUGAUCCCGAUGUCGUGCAACAUGGCAUACCACAUAUCAUACAUUUUGGAGACUUUGGCGGCUUUAAAGUGCUUGUGAUGACGAAGACGGGCCCAAAUUUAUAUGAUUUAGCUUACGAAACAGACGAUGAGAAAUUUACAUUCAGUACAAUCUGCAAAAUUGCGAUACAAUCGAUAAGGAUAUUUGAAUAUAUCCAUUCAAAAGGCUUGCUAUUCCAUGAUGUUAAACCAACAAACAUUGCCGUUGGCAGAACGAAUGCAGAUCAAAUCUUUUUCUAUGAUUUUGCAUUCAGCGAAUUUUACGUCAAUGCUAUGGGUGAACCAAAAGCAAGGGAAAAAGCCACUGAGCUAAAUGGAACUCCCGAGUAUAUGGGCAGAGGACCAUUGAAUAGAAAUACUCAUGUUCGAAAGGAUGAUUUCAUAUCAUUUGGUCUCGUUUUACUUCAUUUAAAUGGUGUUCGACUCCCCUGGAUGAAUCUUACGAAUGAAUUUGAAGAUAUUUAUCAAACGAUGGACAUUGUACUUGAGCAGUGGGCAAAGUAUGGCAUCUAUGCAAUCUGCAAUGAGUCGGAUAGUCCAAAUUUUUUCGUCAAAUACUUCGACUACUUCGACACACUGAAGUCUCAUGAACGACCCGAUUAUGAUUUCUUGGUGCAACUUUUUGAAAAUGAGCUAACAGCCGAAGAGCUCGCAAAUAAAAACUGGAACGACUGCGAAAUCAAACAUACGAACGACACAGAUAAUUUCGAAAAGUUUGAUUCUGAUGAUAAUAACAAAGAGACGAGUUUAACCGUAGUAAAUGAGUUGAAAUGGACUAUACCAGAAAAAUAUAUUCAUGGCGUUGUCAUUGACGAUCGAUUUAUAGUGGGCAAGCAUUUGGGCCACGGUUAUACCGGAUUUGUGAGAAGCGGUCUCGAUACAAAGACAGGCACUGAAGUGGCUAUUAAAUUUGCCGCGGAAGAUAAAUUUCACUAUCUGGAAAAUGAAUUUGUGAACUAUUUAUAUUUGGGAGCUGAUGAUCCGGACAUUGUUCAGCAUGGUGUACCGUAUAUUGUACAUUUUGGUGACUUUCUUGACUAUAAAAUAUUGGUGAUGACUAAAGCUGGACCAUCACUCUUUGAAUUACGAAACAGGACAAAGGCCGGAAAGAUCGAAUUGAAAUGGCUGUGCAAAAUUGCAAUUCAAGCUAUAAGAAUAUUGCAAUUUAUCCAUUCGAAGGGAUUGAUUUUUCAUGACGUCAAACCACAAAACAUUGUCGUCAGUGAUGCAAAUGAAAAUCAAAUACUCUUCAUUGACUUUGCUUUCAGCAAAUUUUACCGUAAUGCAAUGGGUGAACCAGAACCACGAAAAGCAACAGAUUGGUACAGUGGAACGCCCGGUUAUAUGGCUAGAAAACCAUUGAAUAGAUAUACUCAAGUUCGAAAGGACGAUUUCAUUUCACUGGGAAUAACGCUGCUUGUGUUGAAUGGCGUGUUUGUUCCGUGGAUGGAUGAGAUAAACUCUGGAGACGAUUUUGUGGUGAAAAUGGACACUGCACUUGCUGGUUGGGAAAAAUAUGGCAUCAAAAGACCUAUCGAUAAUUCGGAUAGUCCAAAACUAUUUUCAAAAUAUUUCGACUAUUUCGAUACCAUUCAAUCACAUGAAGAGCCUGAUUAUGAUGGCCUUGUUGAACUUUUCACAUCAGAAUUGAAGAGUAUCUUAGAAAAAGAGCCGGAUUAUGAUGUAUCUAAGGGAUACAAUUUACAUACUAGUGUUUUCAAAGAAUAAUAGGUGUAGUAUUUAAUGAUUGUAAUAUUCAAUGUUCCGAAAUUCAAUUUAAUAUUUUUUUAUGUCCAAUAAAUCUUAUUGCAACGUUGAUCGACGAAUAUUUGCCGCACAGAAUCGUGUUUAGUAAUUGAGAGGUGCUAGACUAUAAUAUCCAUAUACUUAACAUAACCGAAGCCCUGUAAAAUAAUAAAAUUGAAUUAAAUUCAUUGAAAAACUAUUUUUGGCUUUCAACAAAA